UUCACUAACCAAAAAGAAGUAAAAAGACAAACAAGAAAAGAAAAACCACCGAGCGGUCACAUCACAAAUAGAAAGCCAUUCAUGUCAAUACUAUAUAACACCAAACAUCGUUGCUUCUUAAACUCAAAACAAAAUUCAUAUAAAAAAACAGAGUUAUUCAGUUUUCACUUUAUUAUCCUCUCUUCCUAACUUACCGUUAUACACGCAGAAAUAUCAGGAUGAGGAGUUUUUCAAAGAACAAAUUCUCUCUCUGUUUUCGCCCUGUUGUUGAUAUAGAUUCCGUGCUUGAAUCCAAAUUUGCUGCUCAUCGCUCAAUGAACAAACCCGAGCAGCAUCCUAAAAAACGUACGGUUUUAAAGGUCAUCAAAGCUGUGGUGUUGGAAACUAUCUUGAAUACAAGAGCUCUACACGAAUAUCGUUACGGCCUUGGUUGUUUUGGUGGGUUGAAGAAAAAUUAUUCGACGUUUAAAAAAGAAACCAAAGCCUCUCGAUCGUCUUUGUCAACUCUAUCUUCAAAUAGUUCAUCUCUUUCAAGUCCAAAAGUAAUAUUACAAUCAGAGAGCUUGUCCACCAAAGUGAAUCAUGAGAAAGAAAGUAGCAGUGGAAGGGUACUGCUAGAGAAGCAAAAUAUGUUUGAGUUCUAUGCUAUGUGUUUGGUUCUCAUAAGUUUAAUAUUUACUGUGUUUUGGGGGAAGCUAUUUGGAAUUAUUUUGACAUCAAUAUGCCUCUACUUUUUCUCUCUUUUGUACUCAAACUACAGCUGCCAAAAAAAGUUUCUAAAGUGUAAAAGAUACAGUGUAGUGUGCAGUGCAAACAUAGAUGUAAAGGGUCAUUAUGGAAAGUGUGCACAAAGAAAAUUACCAUAAUGAGCAUUAAUUUGUUAUGUGAAAAAUCUUUUCAUUCUCUGUCCUCUCGUAGGCCAAGCUUUAUCAGGAAUAGAUGACAGUGAAUGAGUAAGUCGUUUUAGGGAAGGAUGUGAAGAAAUCGUUUCACAUUUAUUUGCUUUGCCUUUUCUUUUGUA